CGCGGUCGGGAUGUUUGGUUCCUCGGCGGCUUCCGUCCGGAGCCAAGAUGGUGCUCGAGAAGAAAAGCUCCGCCCGGGUGGAGGCGGGGCAGCGGAGGGUUCUGGACGAAGCGACCCGUCAGAGGAGACUCAGCAGACAGCUGGAGGCUCUGGAGAAGGACAACUUCCAGGACGACCCCCUGUCCUCGCUGCCCCCUGCUGGUCCCACUGCUCGUCUGCCGGCCUUCAGCGAGACGGAAGAACCAGAGAAGAAGAAAAGGAAAACGAGAGGCGACCACUUCAAACAGCGCUUCAGGAAGAACUUCACCACCCUGCUGGAGGAGGAGAACCUGUCUGAGAGGGCGGAGCCUAACUACCUGUCGGCGGUGGCCCCGCCCUCCCCGCUGCCGCCGCGCCACUUCUGCUGCGUGUGCGGCUUCCCCUCCCCCUACACCUGCUCCACCUGCGGGGGGCGCUACUGCAGCAGCCGCUGCCUGGGGACGCACCGGGAGACCCGGUGUCUGAAGUGGACGCUGUAGCUGCAGCUUCUGGUUGCCAUGGUUACAGAGCUGAUGGUGGGUGGGGCCUGGGCCCCAGUCUCUGAUUGGCUGUGGAGCGCGGUGAUGUCACAGAGCACUCUAGUUUCACCUGUCACACCAGUGGCCCUUCGCUCAAACCUCAUGUGGGGGUGAAGAUGUGGGUCUGAGG